AUGCAUACAUACGAAUAUAAUAUAUUUAUAAUAAAUAUAUAAUACUAUAUUUAUAUUAAAAAUAAUUAAAUAUUGAAUAAAAUAUUUGUUUGCCUUUAAGAAUAUUUAACGAUAGCAUAACACACAAAUUUGGUUUACAUAUUAUCGAUGUUAAUCUUUAACCUGACCUAAUCUAAUCGAACGAUGAAUUUCAACCGACAAAAUAAUCUUAUGAUUAUGUACAUACAUGCACACAUGUGGUCCACGAAUUGAUUAAAAGAAGACUUUGAACAUAUAUAUCUACACAUUUCCAAAUAAAUUUGUUGUUUCAGUAAAAAGUUAGUCAGUCUUUCGCGCAUAUCUCAUGCAUCAUACAUGUUUUCAAAUAAUAAAUCGUCGCUUGUUGGUCAAAAAUUUAGUCUUUGAAUUGCGAUCUUGACAAAAAGCUAGCAAUACUAGCAAGACGUUACGAGUAUCGUUUUCUUCUCGAGUAAUCAAUUCAUAAAUCAAUGAUGGAAUUCUUUACUUUGAUCCUUAUCCUCCUCGCGGCAUGUGUUUGCCUGCAUUAUUUUAUCCUAAGCAAGCUGUUAUAUUUCAAACGACAGAAGGUUCCGUAUGUGCAACCGAUUCCGUUGCUGGGUAACAUGGCACCUUUUAUUUUUCGGCGUAUGUCUUUGGUAGAUAUUGUGCAGAGAGUAUACAACCUCUUUCCGGAUGCGAAGUAUUUCGGUUUCUACGAUUUUGUAACACCGGUGUACGUGAUCCGCGAUCCAGAUCUCAUCACCGCGAUCACCAUCACAAACUUUGACAACUUCUGCGAUCACCGCAACUUUGUGAACGAAAACGACCCGAUAGUCAACAAAAAUCUGUUCGACUUACGGGACAAUGCUUGGCGCAAGAUGCGAAAACUUCUCAGUCCUAGCUUUACAUCUGGCAAAAUGAAGAUGAUGUUCGGAUUGGUAUGUGAGUCCGCUGAUAAUUUUUCUAAUUUUCUGGCGACAGAAUCUGGAAAGAUUGGCAAAACUUACGAUAUGAAGAAAAUAUUGUGCAGAUAUGCUAACGACGUAGUGGCCACGUGCGCCUUCGGCAUCAGCGUGGAUUCAUUUCAGCAUCCGAACAAUGAAUUUUAUGUAACCGGAAUGAAAACCUUUAACUUUGAUGGCAUACAAUCAUUCAUGAUUUUCCUAAAUAGAAAUUUUCCGCUGCUUAUGAAACUUCUUAAAUUAAGAAUGUUUAGUUCAAAGUUGGUGGAAUUUUUCAAAAACAUUGUCAGUGAUACGGUGAAAAUCAGAGACGAGCAAGGAAUUUAUCGUCCGGACAUGAUUCAGUUGAUGAUGGAGACUAGAAACAACGAUCACGGAUCUGCAUUUGAUAUCGACGAGAUGACUGCCCAGGCGUUAGUCUUUUUCUUAGGUGGAUUCGAUUCCGUAUCAACGACCAUGUGCUUCCUGACGCAUGAGAUUGCUAUUAAUCCCGAUAUUCAGGACAGACUGAGAGCGGAGGUCGACGAUGUUCUUAGAAGGACCAAUGGCAAACCCACUUACGAAGUCAUCAACGAUAUGAAGUACUUGCACGCCGUGAUUAAUGAGACUCUCAGACAGUAUCCGCUACUGACCGUCCUCGAUAGGGUAUGCGUCAAGGAAUUUGAACUGCCACCUGCGAUUCCGAAUGGCAAACCGAUCACGGUAAAGCCCGGCACUAGUAUCUGGAUACCGAAUCACGCUCUGCAUCACGAUUCCUAUUAUUACCCGCAGCCGGACAAGUUCGAUCCCGAUAGAUUCUUGAAUGGCGAUGUGAACAGUUCGGUCUACAUGCCGUUCGGUAUCGGGCCCAGAAUCUGCAUAGCUAACAGAUUCGCUUUCAUGGAGAUGAAAGUCAUGUUGUUUCAUCUAUUGUGGCGUUGCGAUCUCGAACCCGAUGUUAAAACUAGAAUUCCCAUAGUAUUCAGCAAAAAGGCUUUUUUCACGACGGCGGAGGGCGGAUUCUGGUUAAAAUUGCGAGCGAGGAAAUCGAAGGCUCCUGUUGCGCAUGAAUGCUUAUCGAACGGACAGAGAGUUGAGGACGGAGAUAAAUUGUAUCCAUAAUUUAUAAGGUUCACUUCAAAUAUAACAUUAUAAAGAAUGUACUUUGUAAGUUAUCGUUUUAGGCAAGUCUAGCCUCGUAGUUUUUCUUUUUUCUUUUUAAAAAUUUGAUAUAAAAAAAGAGUCAAAAAUUCUCAUUCCGUAUAUUGUAAAGGGCAAGUGUUGCAGUGUUUUUGCUUUAAUAGAUGCAAUUAUUUUUAUAUCAAAUAUCUGUUUAUAUUCGGACAAAAUAUGUUUUAUAAUCAAUAUGGUGUUAUUUUGUUUAUACAAUUAUUGUAAUAAUAAUUACUGUAGUUAGUGUUUUUAGGAAACGCGAAUUUAUAAUAUGAAUUUUGUUCUAAUUAGCUUAGCUAUAUAUGUAUGUAUACGCACACACAAUAUUUAAAUUGUAAAAGAAUUUUAAAUAUAAAAAAAACUAUAUUACAUAUAGUAUUAUAUAUAUAUAUGUAUAUAUAAUACAAAAUGUCCCAAAAUCAUCGCAACAAUAUCAAAAUAGGUUAUCAUUUUUUGCAAAUUUCUAAUUUGUCCUAUCAUGUAUCUUUGUAAUUAAGCUCCAAAUUAAAAUUCUGUUAAAGUAAACGUGACUUAAAAUUAACUAAGAAAUGUAGUUUUGUUAAUCUUUUAAUUCCACAUAAUUUAAUUUGUAAAAGGCUUUUCUCUCUUUUUCAAUCUUAUAUUUCGCAAAUUAUUAAUGACUCAACAUAUUUACUAAGAAAAAAUUGUCUCUAAAUUAGUCAGAAAAUCUGCUCUCAAAAGGAUAUCCGAUAGUUUGAUAAAUUCUACAUAAUACAUAAACAAGUUAAUUUUUUUUAGUUUGUAAUUAUCCACUUAAAUCAAAUCUAAAUGAUAUAUAAAGUUUAUUAUUUCCUUUAUUAUGAAACAUUACAAACGAUUGUAUUAUUAUCUGUCAAGUGCUAUUAUGUUUCUAAAGAAAAUAACAAUCUCUUUUCUCAGCAUUUAUUGGCUGAGAAAAGAGGCUAUUAUUUAUUACACACUCUAUUAUUUUUCCUUAACGAAAAAUACUAUUUCAUACAUUGCAUUUCGUACAAAUGUUUUAUAGAGAGAUUUCAUACAUAUUUAAUACAGUAUAACAUUAUAGUAACAAAUUCUAUCUGAUGUGUUGCACGUUCUCAUACAAAAUGCAUUGCCUAAGAGGGAGGACGUAUAUUUAAUAUUUGAUGUAUAGCCUCAUUUACUUCUAUAUAUAUAA